UACACGCGGGCACACUUAAAUAGGCCAAAAUAAAUUUUAUUUAUGUUCGUACAUUUUUGGUUGUCUGGCUUUUUGUUGUUGCGCCACAUUAACAAUAACAAUUGAAGUGCGCACCCACCGCUGCCCGCGACGCGAAGUUGUCAAGAUUCUGCAACGCACUCCUCUGUGCCACAUGCGAAAGGCGUUGCAACGUUGCGUCGUUGUCAUCGGGAACAAAGCAGCAGCAGGGAAAAGUGAAAACGGCGCCAUUUUAGAAGCCACGGCCAGGCGCAAGAAAAGUGCAAAUGCAAUGUGUAAUAUAAUAGUUCGCCCGCUCACUGAAAACCCAACUCUCGAUUAAAGCCGCGAGUGAAGAGUGCCAAGAAAAUAACUAAGCCUCCCAAGCGACUACUCCAAAAUAUGAGCAGUGGCCAAAAUGAGACGGCAGCAGCAAAGGUUCUGGAAACGCAACGCGCACAAGAAUCCGGCAGUGAAAAUGAGGAAACCGACUCCAUUACGGAUCAGUCGAGCCAGUCGAAGUCCGCGAAAUCCGCCACCCAGUUCAGCGUGCAGCGUUCGGAUGCCGAUGGACUGCGCAUGAGAAUCUCAGCCAUCCGCCCCCUGCCCCAGCCCCAGCCCCUGGCCCCUGCUGCAGCAGGAACCGCAGCAAGCGCAGCAAGCAAACCAGUGGCGACCAAAAAGCAUCCCCUGACGCCUAGAAAGAUGUCCACGCAGGACACCGAGUCCGGCGGCUGCUCCGAGGCCAAGAACAAAGCGGCCAGCAGCAAGAAGGUGAAAGUCAAGCGCAAGAAGAUUCCCAGCACGAGUGCGAUCAGCAAGUCGGAGAGUUUGUCUAGAUCUAAGAUCAAGAAGCACAGCGCACAGGUCUCGGCGUUCUCCUCGGAUUCGGAGGACGACCUGCCGCUGAAGGUGCACCAGCAGAGGGCACCUCGACUGCUUCUAACGGCCAUCACUCAGGCGGCCCAGUCCGCCAGCAAGCCCGCCCUGGACAUUGGCAUCUCCUCCAGCGACAACGAGCUGCCCAGCCUUGUGCAGGCGGCCAUCAAGCGGGUGGAAAGCGAUACGGAGGACACAACAGUGGAAGGUAGCUUUCGGAAGGCGGCCAAGGCCAAAAAUGUACCCCAGUAUCAGUCAACGCUGCUACAGGACUUCAUGGAGAAGACUCAGAUGCUGGGUCAAAGCGGGAACGCAAAACUUCCUGAAGGGACAGUGGCCAAUGCUAAAGCCAAAGAGGAAACCGUCCUGCAGGCUGCCAAUCCUCGGAAGCGGCGAGGUAGACCGAAAAAAGUGAUUCCCACGAUUCCUCCCCCCGUGAACUCUGGGCCUGCCGUCAAUGAGUCUGCAGAUUCGGGUGUAAUUAGCACCACCAGCACUACGCAAAGCACCACGCCCUCCCCCAAAAUGCAAACGGAGAACAUUGUGCCCACGGGAGCGCAGUUGCCGGCGUCCAGCAGUAAGCCCAAGAUGGAUAUGGCGUACUUGGACAAACGUAUGUACGCCACGGAGCGGGUUCUGUACCCGCCGCCAAGGAGCAAGCGGAGGCAGAAUAAUAAGAAAACCGCCUCCAGCUCGUCCGCCAAGGAGGAACUCCAGCUGGAUCCUGUGUGGCGGGAGAUCGAUGUAAACAAAAAGUUCCGGCUGAGAAGCAUGAGUGUUGGAGCAGCUAGUGGCCCUGGACCGGGCACCACCAUUUGCAGCAAGAUCCUGGCCGCCAAGAGCGGCUACGUGUCGGAUUACGGAAGCGUGAGGCAUCAGAGGAGCGCCCACAACCACAAUUCGGGGUACAAGUCCGACGCCAGCUGCAAGAGUCGGUACAGCACCAAAAGCUGUAUGAGUCGCCGCAGCAGGGCAAAGAGCUGUGGCUACCGCAGUGACUGCAAGGAGUCCGGAAAGUCCGGCCUUCGGAUGAGGCGGAAGCGCAGGGCAUCCAUGCUCUUGAAGAGCGCUGCAGACGACCCGGUCGAGGAUCAGGACAUCCUGCAGUUGGCUGGCCUAUCCCUGGGCCAGAGCAGCGAGGAGAGCAACGAGUACAUCAGCAAGCCGAGCUUACAGAGCCUGCCCACGACGAGUGCCAGCAAGAAGUACGGGGAAAUUAAUCGUUACGUGACGACCGGGCAGUAUUUCGGUCGCGGGAGCAGCUUGGCCAACACAAAUCCGGAUAACUUCAUCAGCAAGAUGAUGAAUCAGCGAAAGGAGACUCCGGCUCCGAGCAAAUCCUCCUGCAAAAUUAAAUCCCGCCGCUCGUCGGCGGCCAGCAUGUGCAGUAGCUAUGUGUCCGGAGUGUCCCGGAUGAGGCGCAGACACCGACGGAAGAGUUUCAGCAACAACAAGUCGUUGAAUAUUGAUUCCAAGCUGCUGACCGAGAUCGAGAUUAUUACGAGCACCUUUCACGCGAGAUGUCGCAUUCAGGAUGACCGACUGACUGGGAGCAGUGGCAAGGAGAAACUAAUGGCCGAUGCCAACAAACUGCAAGCCACGCUGGCAGCUCCCAGUCCCGCCCAGCAAGUGGCUCUGACCGGGGCGGGGGGGUCGGCGACAGCGCUAUCAAAGCCCCUGAAACGGGCGUUGAAGAAGCGUAAGCUCAGUGAGCCGCUGGUGGACUUUGCCAUGCUCUCAGCCAGCGCCAGUGGAACGCCCAAUGGCAGUGGCACGAGCAACGGCAAUGCCAAGAGACGACACAAGAAAUCGCAGAGCAAUGACAGCUCAAGUCCCGAUGAUCACAAAUUGCCGCUGAAGAAGCGUCACUAUCUGUUGACACCGGGAGAGCGUCCUCCGGCGGAGGCGGCCUUUGCCAAUGGAAAACUGAACGCAGAGGCUUGGGCAGCGGCAGCAGCGACUGCUAAGAGCACCGCAUCAACCAAGUCGCAGGCUCAGUUCAAUGCGAAGACCGCAAAGUCCGCUCUGACGCCCAAGAAGAGGCAUCUCCUUGAGCAGCCCGCGUCCAGCGGAGGAGCGGCCUCCUCCGCCAGCAACUCCCCCCUGAGGAUUGUUGUAGACAACAACUCCAUAAGUGGUGGCAAACUACUGGACAUCAGUCCCAGCUCGCUGUGUUCCCUUAAACAGCAAAGGAGAGGUGCAUCGGCCAAGCAGAAGGUGGCGCCCGCCAAGGAUUUGGCUCAACUGUCCCAACAGUCUCCAGCCUCCGGUAGCUACCCUCCCCCUGGGGUGUUUGAACCCUCCGUCGAGCUGGAAAUCCAGAUACCCAUCGGCAAACUGAACGAAUCGGUAAUAACUAAGGCAGAGGUGGAAUCGCCACUGCUAUCAGCAUUGGAUAUUAAGGAGGAUACCAAAAAGGAGAUUGGCCAGCGAGUUGUGGAAACAUUGCUCCAUAAGACCGGAGGCAACUUUCUGCUGAAGCGCAAGCGAAAGAAGAUCAACCGCACCGGUUUCCCUACGGUGCGCAGGAAGAAGCGGAAAGUCAGUGUGGAACAGCAACCAGCAGCUACCUUGAUGGAGGAGCAAGAGCAGGAGGAGAUGGACCCCGACGAUCAGCCACUGCAGAGCAUGAGGGAAACCAGGAGCUCCAGUAGUGCCCAAGUCCAAGCCCAUUCGCCGAUGGAUUGCGAGAGGGUGCCCCAGACAGGAGAGGCCAGAGAAAACUUUGUGGCCAGAAGUAAUCAGAGAGCGCCGAGAUUGUCGGUCGUGGCUCUGGAGCGCUUGCAGCGACCCCAGACUCCUGCCGCUAGAGGUAGGCCCCGCGGAAGGAAGCCCAAAGAUAAAAAGCUGCCUCCACCACCCAUCACUCCGGCGCCCCAAGCCGUACCAGAAGUGAAGCCCGCCAGGAAACGUGGACGGCAACCCAAGAAACCACCAGUAGAAGUGCCAUCACCCAUGCUAACGACUGCACAAAGGAAGCCUAAGCUGGAGCCAAACAUAAAACUACCAGCUGGCGUUGAUCCCAACACAAAUUUCAGUUGCAAGAUUCGUUUGAAGCGGCGAAAGAACCUGGACACGGGAUGCAAUCAAAUCACCAAGGCCAAGGCGGCUGUUGAACCAGAAAUUCCACCGGAGGUGCCCUCUACCCAGGAGGAGAUCGAUGCCGAGGCGGAGGCAAAGAGGCUGGAUACAAUUCCCAUCGAGCAUGAUCCAUUGCCUGCCAACGAAUCCCUUUACCCCUUGCCACCCGACUACGCCAGUUGCAGUGAUACCAGCGAAGACAAGGCAUCGAGCAACUCUCUGCGGAAAUUGGCAAAGGUAAAGAAGACCUAUCUGGUGGCCGGGCUGUUUUCCAAUCAUUACAAGCAAUCGCUGAUGCCGCCGCCAGCGAAGGUGAACAAGAAGCCGACUGGGGAGGAGCAGCAGCACGCCGCGUCCGGAAGUCUUCUGCCACCUCCUCCGUAUUGCGAAAAGUAUCUUCGAAGGAGGGAAGUGGACUUUGAGCUGCCUUACGACAUCUGGUGGGCAUAUACAAACUCGAAGUUGCCCACUAGACAUGAGGUGCCAUCGUGGAAUUACCGGAAAAUCCGCACCAAUGUGUACGCCGAGUCAGUGCGUCCAAAUAUAGCUGGAUUCGAUCCUCCCACCUGCAACUGCAAGAACCAGGGCGAGAAAGCCUGCUUGGACAACUGCCUCAACCGCAUGGUAUACACUGAGUGCUCGCCCACCAAUUGUCCGGCGGCAGAGAAGUGUCGGAACCAGAAGAUUCAACGACACGCCGUGGCUCCCGGAGUGGAGCGCUUCAUGACGGUGGACAAGGGUUGGGGAGUGAGGACCAAACUACCAAUUGCCAAGGGCACUUAUAUAUUGGAGUACGUGGGCGAAGUGGUCACCGAAAGGGAGUUCAAGCAACGGAUGGCUAGUAUUUAUCUGAACGAUACUCACCACUACUGCCUCCACUUGGAUGGUGGACUCGUCAUCGAUGGCCAGCGCAUGGGCAGCGAUUGUCGGUUCGUUAACCACUCCUGCGAGCCCAACUGCGAAAUGCAAAAGUGGAGCGUCAACGGACUGUCCCGAAUGGUGCUCUUCGCUAAAAGAGCCAUCGAGCAGGGGGAGGAGCUGACGUACGACUACAACUUUUCGCUGUUCAAUCCCUCGGAGGGUCAGCCAUGCAGGUGCAACACGCCCCAGUGUCGUGGCGUCAUCGGCGGCAAGUCGCAGAGGGUGAAGCCCCUUCCCGCCACUGAGGCCAAACCGGCUGCGGAGGGACCUUCGGGCAGAAACGGACGCCAACGGAAACAGAAAGCCAAAAAGCAUGCACAGAGGCAGCCGGCGGGCAGCAAGGAGGCGGCAGUGUCGGUAACCAAAAUGCAGCCACUGUCCGAAAAGGAAAGGAAGCUGGUGAAGCAGUUCAACAUUUAUUUAGUGAGGAAUUUUGAAAAGAUUCGCAAGUGCAAGGCCAAGCGAGCUGCCGCCUUGGCCCUGUCUGCACCUACAGCUUCCGCCACAUCACCAGCACACGGUGCCACCAAUGGAGAUAUUCCUGGACGACGACCUUCCACACCAUCAUCCACCUCCCUGCUGGCUGCCCAAAUAUCGGCGCUCUGCACACCCCGCAACAUGAAAACCCGAGGACUCGCCCAGGCCGUUCAUGAUCCCGAACUGGAGAAGAUGGCCAAAAUGGCUGUUGUUCUGAGGGACAUCUGCAGUUCCCUAGAAACACAGAAGAUGGCCGAUCUGUUGACCACAGUCUCCAGCAAGAAGAAAAAGUCAACGAAGAAUCUGAGCGGUAAAUCAGCGGGAUUGACAGCUGUAAAUUCGCGUGUGGAGUUCAGGGCCAUUCAAUCCAGAGUGGAGCAGGGCCAUUACAAGACACCGCAGGAAUACGAUGACCAGAUGCAGCAGCUCUUUGUGGAGGCCAAGCAGCAGCAUGGUGACGAUGAGGCCAAGGCCAAGGCCCUGCAAGCCCUGAAAGAUUGCUAUGAGCAACUGAAGACGGCCAAUUAUAGUCAACUGGUGGACAUUCUAGGCGAUCCGGGAUCCCUGCAAAGCUUUAAGCCGAAGGAGACGUUGUGUCAGGAAGAGGUGGCGCCGAAACUAGUCGUGAAGAAAUCGCCAGGAGCUGGUGACAGAGCUUCUCCACUGGAUCCGUCGUUACCGAUAGCCCCAGUGGUUCCAGUUGGUUCCCCCGAAGAGGAUGUGAUCCGUUGUAUUUGCGGCUUGUACAAGGACGAGGGAUUAAUGAUUCAGUGCGCCAAGUGCAUGGUUUGGCAGCACACUGAGUGCACCAAGGCUGACAUCGACGCGGACAACUAUCAGUGCGAGCGGUGCGAACCACGAGAGGUGGAUCGCGAGAUUCCUCUGGAGGAAUUUACCGAGGAGGGACACCGCUACUACCUCUCCCUGAUGCGCGGAGACCUGCAGGUGCGUCAGGGCGAUGCUGUCUACGUCCUACGGGAUAUUCCCAUCAAGGACGAGGCGGGCAAGGUCCUGCCAGCCAAGAAGCACACCUACGAGACGAUCGGAGCCAUCGACUACCAGGAGUGUGACAUUUUCCGGGUGGAGCACUUGUGGAAAAACGAAUUGGGCAAACGUUUCAUAUUCGGCCACCAUUUCCUGCGGCCCCAUGAGACCUUCCACGAACCCUCCCGUCGCUUUUACCCCAAUGAAGUGGUCAGGGUCUCCCUCUACGAAGUGGUGCCCAUUGAGCUGGUCAUUGGACGCUGUUGGGUCUUGGAUCGCACCACCUUCUGCAAGGGUCGCCCCAUGGAGUGCGUUGAUGAAGAUCAUUGCUACAUCUGCGAGCUGCGCGUGGACAAGACGGCCAGGUUCUUUUCCAAGGCCAAGGCCAACCAUCCGGCGUGCACCAAGAGCUAUGCAUUCCGCAAGUUCCCCGAAAAGCUUAAGAUAUCCAAGAGCUAUGCGCCCCAUGAUGUGGAUCCUUCGUUGCUAAAGACGAGGAAGCAAAAGACUGAAUUAGAUGUAGGAGUAGCGGCAGCAACUAUGCAAAAGGUAACAGGAAGGCAGGAGCAACAUCAUCAGCCGAAAACGGUAGGGAGAAAGCCUCGGGGGUAUGUAGCGGCCUCAGUGGAAGCCCGUGUCGUAACGCCAGUGGCUCCCAACAGACAGGUGAUUAAAAAGAAGCGCUCGCGAUUGGAAAAUGUUCUGAAUACAGUGAAGCUCAAGUGUCUGGAUGCACAGACAGCCCAGGAACAACCCAUUGAUCUGUCAUACCUGCUGUCCGGCCGAGGAGCGCGGCAGCGGAAGACCCAGCAGUCCAACAGCAGCAACAGCUCGAGCUGCUCGAACUCGGCAGUGGCCAGCUCAACCUAACAGAUGUAGCCAGCGAGUUGGCUAAGCCCUGUACAUAUACUACAUACGCGUAAAGUUAGAGGCAUUGCUUAAUAUUUACGAAACUUCAAUUAAGAAACGGCACGUAGCCAUGUAAGACGUAACGGUGAUAGUAGUAAUUCUAGGUCGUACAUUGUUAUGAACAAAUUUCGUGAAUAGGGUCUGCCUAACCUGGCUAAGAUGGAACGGAUGAUUAUGAAGAUUUUGAAUUAUUUAUACUCGUAAGGAUUUAUUUAUAUGUAUGAUAAUACUUUAAGCCACCACCACGAAGCCCCCCAUUUAGAUGAAUUUCUUAUGUUUUAAAUAGUUUAUCGCGUUUCCAAGAUUCAUUUUGUUUUACAUACUAUCUAUCCUCUUUUUCAACAUUUUUCAAUCCAACGCGUUUGAAUUUUGCAUUGUUAUUUUAAAUUAUUAUUGUAUUAUGUUAUGGCUGCUUAACGGAACUAUGUCAAACACCCAAGUAGGACAACUCAUUGCGCUAUUAGUUUAUAAUUAAUUUCAAAUUGUUAUUAACUGCUAACACAAAUUUAAAA